GCGCAGCGCUCCACAUCAGUCCUGACUCUCUCCUUCUCCCUCUGUGGCUCUCUGGGAAGCGCGGACUCAUUAUAUAGCGGAGCUAAAUCUGGAGGCUGCGCUGCGUCCUCAUCCUGGACGCGUUUCCUUCCUCCAGCCUGCGCUGCUCCGCCACAUUUAAGAGAGAAGAUCAUUGGUGAGAGACAAGUUGACACCGCGGACCUUUCACUUGCAACUCCGACCCUUUCUCGACUUUGGCAAAUUAAGGACAUUUAGAUUUUUAUUUAAAGACGCAUGGAAAUGGCCGCGAGUGGAACCAUUUUACCAUCAAUAUCGACUUUUUCUGCCCACAAGGAGAAAUGCUGGGAAGAUAGGUGGAAGGUGGACAUGGGCAGCCUCGUGCCCGACAUGGAGAGCAGCUGUCUGGGCAGAAAAGACGACGAGGACCUGGAUAAGUUCUUGGACCUUGAGUUUAUACUGUCGCACACAGCCGGCGCAGACAGUGCAUCUAGUGCAGAAUCGUACCGCAGCCAGGAGACCCUGUAUCAGCAGCAGCCGCCGGCUGGUUACAUGGACAUGAGCAGCCCCCCGCCGCCCUACAACAGCCUGAUGGCUGAGCUCCUCCGCUCAGAUGUGGACACCAGCUUCAUCGGUGGGGGCUCCUCCAACAUCCAGGGCCGCUUCCUCAUCAGCUCCUUCCAAACCUCUCAGGAUUUAUUCCCAGAGCACCCCACCAUCAAAGUGGAGCCCCCCUCCAUGGACUCGUACGGACCAGUGGUGGGUCUGGUUCCUCAGAGCUGCAGCAAAGUCAAGCACGAGGGCAGCGGCUCCUGCAUGAUGAGCUUCGAGCAGCAGCCGCGGCUCGCCAACUCUCCUCAGGCGGUGAUGGGGAGCAUGACCCCUCCGCUCAGCCCGGACGACCUGAUGAGCUCAGACUGUCACCAGAUGACCCCCUCGCUGACCUUUCCGCAGAACUUCCACCCUCAUCAGUGCUACUCUAACCAGCACCAGCUGCCCUUCCCUGCUGCCCACCGCCACCACCAGUACCCGGGCAUGUUCCAGGAGGACAUGGGCCUUCAGCAGCCUGCCGCUGGUCAGCGAGUCCUCCUCACGCCUCCAUCAUCUCCACUGGAAUUGAUGGACACCAAACCCAAGAGAGGUCGUCGGUCCUGGCCCAGAAAGCGCACGGCCACCCACACGUGCACCUUCAGUGGCUGUGGAAAGACCUAUACUAAGAGCUCUCACCUCAAGGCUCACCUGCGGACGCACACAGGAGAGAAGCCGUACCACUGCAGCUGGGAAGGAUGCGGAUGGAAGUUCGCCCGCUCAGACGAGCUCACCCGCCACUUCCGCAAGCACACUGGACACAGGCCCUUCCAAUGUCACCUCUGCGAGAGGGCCUUCUCAAGGUCCGACCAUCUGGCGCUGCACAUGAAACGGCACAUGUGAAGACAGACCAGCGCGGUCUCCUGCGCACCAGCAGAACUGUAACAACACCUGUUAUUAAGUGUAAUAACACAGGAAAGUAUUAAGUGGUCCCAGUAGAGGACCACCAGCCAGACAGUAUGUUCAGGCCACUCGACCACAUUGUGAUGUACAGGGAUAUUACCAGACAAAGGGAGCCUCUGCCUUCUAAUUGUAUGAGAUGAACUAUUUAAAAGUUGUUUUCUGAAACCACACGCAUGACCACGAACAGCCCGCACGACAAAGACAGAUCGGUUCGGAUGAAAUAUGUAGCUGGUACUACCUUUAUGAUGUAAAACAGACCAUGCCACUCAACAUGUCUGGAACAUGCUGCGGAACUGGAAGCCAAGAACGACUUGUAAUAGAUUCACCUUCUGUGCCUUUUGCAAACAAGUAUUUGCUAACUUCACGAGCGUACAGUGAGAUAAGCUUUCAGACAAUGUUUUGUUGGGAAACUGCAGUUCGAAUCGUCGACAAGCAUUUUUGAAGUCAGGGUCUUAAGUGCAGAAGUGCACGCCAUCUCAACGUCGCCUCUCCGACAAAAGGGCUACUUAGUCUUUGGCAAUAAGACGUGUUUUGAAUUGUACUGCCUUGUAAAUACAAACGUUUUAUAUAUAUUUGUAAAUAGUCUAUUUUAAUGUACAUAUUAAACUAAAUGAACAUGA